CUGGCACACGUGCAGAAUGAGAGCCAAAUCAUUUUCUUCUUGGAGAAAGUCUGUGACAAGUUUAUCCGAAAAUGUUUUUCCAGGAAUAUCACUAAACUACCAAGGCGAUUCCUUAGAAUGCAGUUUGGUAUUGCAAAUGCUCCUUUACUUUGAUGCCGUCUUCUUCCCUUUUUGGGCUUUAACUAUUGGAUCUGUAUUCCAGAUUAAGUAUGACUAUCUCAGCAGCACAUACAAGUUCAUCAGCAUCACCAUGCUAAUGUCAAUUUUUGUCGUGCAAAUUCUACGCCUUUAUUUAGGCUACCUUGGAAAUUUAACUGAAAAAAUUCCAGAGCUGGCAGCUUUUUGGAUGUUGUCUGUGCUUUUGCAGUUGCCAAUGGAAUUAUUCCUGAUGGUGUCAAGAGGCAUCAAAUCCACACCUCCGGAAUACGCAGUGAACACCAUUUUACUGCUACUGCUGAUUCUCCAACUUAUUUCCGGCUACCAAGCUUUGAUUAGGGCGGCUCAGCAUCACGCAGAUCGCUUUCGGCAGGCUCACCAGCAGUAG